AGAACGGAAAGAGUACAGAAAAAUUAUCUUUAAAUAAAGAAAAUAUAUUAGAGGAACUGAAAGCUUUAGUAAUUAAGGAAGGAAAAGAUGAUUUUAAUAAUGAUUUUAGUGAUGAUUCAGAAAAUGAUUCAGACUCUAUUAUAAAAUGGAAGACGUAGAAAAUAAACCAAAAGUUGAUUGUCUAACUAAAGGACCUGGACCAGUUUAUAAAUUACCUCCAUUAGUUGGAUAUGUUGGACAUGAUCCAUCUAAACAUAGGGGUCCAGCAUAUAGUAUACGGUUUCGUGUAGGAUUAAGUGACAAAACCGUUGGUCCUGGUCCACGCUACAACAUCAAUAAAUUAACAAAAUUUGGAUUAGAUAAACCACCAGCAUAUACGAUAGCUAUUAAAUAUCCUGAUACAAUUUUGAGUUUAGGACCAGGACCUGGUGCAUAUGCACCUGAACAAUGUCUCCCAAUGAAUCAUAGUCGUAGAGCUCCUGCAUAUACCAUAAAAUCAAAAGGUCAACCAUUACAAAUUAUUGAAGGGCCUGGACCAAAUGCUUACACAAUACCAACAUGUAUAGGCCCUAAAAUACCAGAUAUGAGAACACAAGCUGCUUAUACCAUCGGUGCCUAUUAUGAACCACCAUUAGAGUCUUUAGGUCCGGGUCCAGCAGCUUACGCGGAUCUUAAUCAAAAUGUUAUAAAGAAACGCAAUCCAGCAUAUAGUCUUAAAUGGCGUCAUGAUCCUUCUGAAGGAUAUAUUAGUCCAGGUCCGCGUUAUAAUCCUACGUAUAAUAUUGGAAGACGUGCCCCAAAAUACUCCUUUGGCGUUAGACAUAGUAUAUGUGCAGGAAAUCCCAUUACGAGUUUAGAUGAAGAUUGAUUGGAAAAAUAUGAAUGUGUUUCAUUAUCAAGCUUCUGUAAAAAUUGUAUAAUAACUUUAUAUAUUUCAAUAUCUUAUUUAAUAAAUGUGGUCUUCAAUCAGAUAUGUAUAUAUAUAUA